GGUGCAACCGAGGCUCUCCUGGAGAUCACAACCGCGGACCAUCAUCCGCCGCCGCCGCCACCACCACCUCCGCCACCAUGCCUCCUCUGAAGGUCUGCAUUAUCGGAUCCGGCAACUGGGGAUCUGCCAUUGCAAAAAUCGUAGGCCAAAAUACCAAAAGCUCCAAUCAGUUUGACCCUGUUGUUAAGAUGUGGGUAUUUGAAGAACUAAUUAAUGGUCGAAAACUCACUGAAAUCAUUAACCAAGAACAUGAAAAUGUAAAAUAUCUCCCAGGGCAUAAAUUACCUCCAAAUGUGGUUGCGGUACCAGAAGUAGUAGAAGCAGCCGAGGAAGCUGAUAUUUUAAUAUUUGUUGUACCUCAUCAGUUUAUUCCCAAAAUUUGCGAGCAACUUACUGGUCAUGUAAAAGCAGGAGCAAUUGGGAUUUCACUCAUCAAGGGUGUAGACGAAGGCCCUGAAGGACUGAAACUCAUCACGGACAUCAUCCGAGAGAAACUGAAGAUAGAUAUGAGCGUGCUCAUGGGUGCCAACAUUGCCAAUGAAGUGGCAAAUGAAAUGUUCUGUGAAACUACCAUUGGUUCUAAAAAUGCUAAAAAUGGGAAGAUCUUCAAAGAAUUAAUGCAAACUUCAAAUUUCAGAAUUACUGUGGUGGAUGACUGUGACACCGUGGAGCUCUGUGGGGCCUUAAAGAACAUUGUGGCUGUUGGAGCUGGUUUCUGUGAUGGGCUAGGCUUUGGGGACAAUACCAAGGCAGCUGUGAUUCGCCUAGGCCUGAUGGAAAUGAUUGCCUUCGCUAAAAUCUUCUGCAAGGGCACGGUCACGAUAAAUACAUUUCUGGAAAGCUGUGGGGUUGCAGAUCUGAUUACCACAUGCUAUGGCGGACGUAACAGGAAGGUGGCUGAAGCGUUUGCACACGGUGGAAAAACAAUUGAACAGUUGGAAAAAGAAAUGCUGAAUGGGCAGAAGCUACAAGGACCUCAAACAUCGGCUGAAGUCUAUAAGAUCCUGAAGCAGAAGAAUAUGGUUGACAAGUUUCCACUAUUCGUAAAUAUCUACCUAAUCUGCUACCAAGGAAAGUCAGUCAAAGAGUUCAUCGCUUGCCUGCAAAAGCAUCCGGAACACAUGUAAGAUCCCAUACUGCAACCUACCAGUAUAGUCUGUCAAGAUUUGUCAGCCUGACAUGGAGAAUAAAGCAAGCAAGCAAGCAAGCAAGGUUUCUGUCAACUUGAUAAUGGAGAAUUAAAGCAAGCAAGCAACAUGCAAACAAGCAAAAAAGCCCCUGGUGUUAACUUCAUUGUGGUCUUAAGGGAAAUUACUCUGUAUGCCUUUUGAGUAACCUGUGUCUUAAGGAGCAGUAAUUCUGAGAUCUCUGGGUAAUUUCAACUGGAUUUGGCGAUAAGUGGGGUGCAAAGGUGACAAGACAAGGUGUACUAUUUCCUGUUCCUUUUACUUUAUAUUCCAAAAUUUCCAGCCACGGACUAGUUUGUUCUGCUCUUUCUAGCUCCAGCCUUAUUAAAAUUCAUCCCCUUUCCUCUGUCCAUCUUAAACAUUCAGUAGUUAUAUCAUGCCUUUUUUCUUCAAUUUUCUCUUUGUCCACUACCUUACCUCAUUUUUUUUCUUUCAUACACAGUGCUUUGACUUUUCCACAUUAAUAUAACUGUAUAACCCCAAAAGACUCUGCCAAAUUCUGUUGAAAAAUAUAAAUCUGCAAAGGAAAAUGGAUACAUCAUGCUAAGAGAUUACACGGCUUACAGCAUUUUUAAUUAGGCUAAAUUCCAUUGAGGUUAUUUAAAAUAUUAUUCUGGAUUAUAUAAUUUGAUAGCAGUAUUUUUUAAAAUAAUGUCAUUCAUCAUUCUACAGUAUUUUUUGAAAGCAGCCGUAAGCAUCUUCCAUAUUUGUCUCAGUUUAUAAACAAGUACAUACGUAAAUGUGUGCUUCAUUUAAGAGAAAACAUUAACACUUUUUAGAAAUAAGUUUCUUUAAUUGACACAAUGUUCCCAUGAUAUACAGUACACUAAAAGAACUUUCCAUAUAUUUAACAUACACAAUGAAAAUAUUUUGAGCAUCAAAUAAUUAACCAGCUCUUAAAUCAACUCACAAAUAAAUAGAAAAUAAUUCUGAUUUACAUCUUGUAGCAAAUAUUAAUUUCAAUAAUCUGAAACGAGUUUCAGUUUGAGAAAUGAGAAUUACACAUGUAAAAAUUAACAUUUGUAUUUCAGAGCAUCAAACUACACACACGUACACAGUGAUCUGACACACAGCAUUCUCCAGAAAUUCAGGGAAAAUAAAGAAUCUCAAUAAUGUUAUACUUUAUUUGGGUAGACAUGGGUUUCAUCAUGUAAAAAGCAACAUUUCUGAAUUGGUGAAUCACUUCUUUGUUUUUCCAAACACAUAAUUACAAUAGCAUGAAAUACUGAAUUAAGGUUAAAUUUAAGUUUGUUCAAUUGAGUCCAAAGUUCUGGGAAUUAAGAAUGGUGUAUAUUAAGUACCAUUCUAGAGAUUACAAUGUAUAACCAGGGAAGAGGUAUAUUACCAUAAUUUUUAACUGUAAUAAUUCUAUCAUUUAAAGUGAUUUAUAAAUGGGAAUUCACACACAAUUUAUAGCCUUAUUACAUUUCUAUGCCAUUUUUUAUUCUUGAAGUCCAAUAUGGCAUACCUAAUUCUAAUUACAAUAUUUUCCAUUUUAUUCUCAAAAAAGCUCUGUGGGGUUGUUUAAGGUAAGAGAUAUGUAUGGCCCAAACUCAUUCACAAAGCUUUAUAGUGACCUAGUCGAUUCCUCUAUAACAGUGAUGGCGAACCUUUUAGAGACU